GGUUCAUCUACUGUCACAGUCUAAUAGUCUUUCUUUUUGAGUGCACUGAUGCAUGUCCUUACAGUCUACGCAGCAGCUUUCUUUAUGACGGGGGGGGGACGGGGGACGGGGGUAACCUGAUUCCCAAGGCAACUGUUGCCACCGCAAAACACUCAUUGAAUGCACAGGCAUGUCACAGUUAAUCUCUAACUAGUGCCGCUGCACUAAUUUGCUAUAUUUCAAUUUGUGUUAUGAUUUACCAGAAAUCAUAAUGUGCUGGUUUAAGAAAACUAUUUAAUUGUUCAGGUUUUUUAACACGUUGAGAAUUUUCAUUCCACAAAAAGUUCUCUGGUAGAGGAACAGAAGAGACAGCUUGGACUACAAAAUGAGACUACCAGCUAUCUCCAUAGCUUCCACCCCAGUGUGUAUUCCUCAAGACACACUUCCUAUCCGGCAGAGUCGCUGUCUGGUGGUCACCCAAACUACAUUUCCCAGCAUCUCAAACUCUGCCCGGCUCUGGGCAAGCAGUCAGAGUAUCCCAAGACUGAACCCUUUACAUCCACCUUUGGUUCAUAAACGCAUCGUCAGCCUGGAGACACCAGCUGUUCACCACCACAACCACCAGAGGACACUGAUAAUGCAGAGGAGAGAGCACCAGAGGUAUCAUCAAGUGUGGAGAAAACCUUUUUAUGGAUCCAGCAGUGAGAGAGACGAGUACAGGAAAGAGUUGUUAGAGCAUUUAAAGAGGCAGAUGGAAGAGAAAUGCAUAUCACUGAAGCUACAUGUGGCCAGUAAAGUGAAGGAAGCCGAGAAUCUACGGGAAGUGGACCGCCUCGCACUGUCCGGUGAAAGAGAGCUAAGGAUCCAGCACAGCAAAGCAAUGACAGCCUACAGAGAUGAGAACAAGAGGCUAAUGGAGCAGAGCUGGAGGGACAGAGCACUAACACGCUCCCAGGAGACCCUAAAGGAGAGAGAGAUGCUCUGCCUCAACCCCAUUAACUGGAAUGGAACACUGAAAUAGGUCAAACUUCAACAUC